ACUAUUGCACUCUGAUCCAGCAGUUAAGAAGUUGUUCACUGAAUUCCAAAACCUCAGAACCAAGGAAGAGAUGCGGGCAAGCGAGCAAGUGGAAAAGCAGGGACUGAAAGUGAUGAGCGCCAUCGACGACAUUGUCAUUCAUCUGGACGAAUACGAGUAUGUGGCAAGGCUUGUAAAGAGAGUCGCAGUCACACAUGCAAAAUGGAUUGAGAGACAGCCGGAGAUGUUUUUGAUGAUAAAGCAGCCAUUUUUGAAGUCAGUGGAGGCGGCACUAGGGGAAAGGUUUACGGAAAACAUCAGAACCGUUUAUGAAAUUCUCAUCGACUUCAUCAUUCUAGAACUCAUAAAAGAUCUCAGUAACUCUGAACAACAGAAUACGUAA